CUCUUCUCUGAUCAAAACUACUGUCAACUUUACCCACUGCCAGCAUCAUAUCAUCAUCAAUGGCUUCCUUUAAGCCAAGAAAAGUGUUCCUUUCCCCUACACUAAGCUCUAUCUAAGACACCCUAUACUGUUCUAACAUAAACUUUCCCUCUCUUUCUUUCACUCUGGUUUUUUGCCGAGAAAAUUCUUGUUGAGCAGAAUUUUGCAUCAAAGAAACCCAUUUUCAUAAUUUGGUUACUGAAUAAAAUAGUACAAAGAAGAAGGUUCUAUUAGUAAAAUCUGAGUUUACAUAGAGAGAAGAAAGAUGAUCGAAAGAGAUGGGUUAGGCUGGGAAUAACUGCUGUAACUUUGGACUAUGGUGAUUGAACUUUUGAUUAAAAUCUACAAGAAGAAAAGCUUAAGGAUCUGAGCUUGGAUCCUCCAAGGAAUCGUCGUUAUCAAGAUCGAAAUCAAUUGAACAUGCAAGAAGAAUGGGAGAAAAUCACCGCCAAGCUGCAACAUCGUCAAGGUUGAGGAUAAAGCACGUUGGAGGGGAGAUCGUGGAGGUUGAAGGAGGUCACAUUGUUCGAUCAACCGGCAGGAAAGAUCGUCACAGUAAGGUUUGCACAGCCAACGGUCCUCGAGACCGACGUGUACGUCUCUCGGCUCACACCGCCAUCCAGUUUUACGACGUCCAAGACCGCCUUGGAUACGACCGUCCCAGCAAAGCUGUAGAUUGGCUUAUUAAAAAAGCCAAAUUCGCCAUUGACGAGCUCGCUGAGCUUCCUCCAUGGAACCCUUUGAAUACAAUGACUUCAACGAAGAAAACCAACAAACAAGAAGACCCGAACGCCUCAACAGCAGCAGCCGGUGAUUUUCACAUCGAAAACGAAGUGCAAAGUCUCGAGCAACGAGAGAUUGGAGAUAACUUGGAUAACAAUAAUUCGGGUUUUCUUCCAGUUUCUUUCGUUUCUGAUGAGCUUGCUGAUACUAUCACCAUCAGUCAUACUCAAGAUCUACGGCUAUCUCUUCAGGCAUUUCCGGAGCCGAUUCAUUUGCAUCACCACGGUGAACACCAAGCUGCUACAGCUACGGGACACAACAGUGAACCUGUUUUAUUCUCGGGAACCACAGCAUUAGCUGGUUUCGAUGGGUUAAAUGCUGGAUGGGAGCACCACCAUCAGCAUCCGGCGGAGAUUGGGAGGUUUCACAGAUUGUUUUCCGCUGACAGUGGCGGCUGCAACGUCGGUGGAUUUCUCUUUGGCACUCCAUCACAACAGGUAGUGCCACCGGCUUAUGGCCAAAACAACCACUUUUUUUCUCAGAGGGGACCCCUUCAGUCCAGUAAAACGCCCUGGGUUCGUGCUUGGAUAGACCAACCAAUUGAUGAGCACCAGAAUUAUCAUCACCAAAUCCCACAAAACACUCAUCAUCAAGCUGCUUCAUCAACCAUUGGAUUCACCACAUCUGGUGUAUUCUCCGGUUUUCACAUUCCAUCCCGAAUUCAGGGCCAAGAAGAGGAGCAUGACAGCAUUGCCAACAAGCUGUCCUCUGCUUCCUCUGAUUCUCUCCAUCAAUCGAUCAAUUUGGUUUAAAAAGAGUGGCUUGGGAAGAUUUUGGUCACUUGGGAUCAUUGGCUUGUACCUUGGGGAAGAAGAAAUCUAGGUGGAUUUUCAGGUUAUCGCAUCCGCAGUUUGUUUAGUUUCUAUAUGUUGAUUGUUUUUAGCUUUAAUGUACAUUUGAUUGAGCUCUUAGAGCUUAAAUAUGGUUUCUUUUUUCC